AUGGAAGAAGCCCCGCAGCUGGAUUCGGCCGACGAGGACCACGGCCGCAAUCAGAGCGUGGAAGCCUCAUUACCAACCACGUCAUCUCGCAAACGGCCUGCAGCUGAUAAAUCUCCGGCCCGCCAGGUUCGAAAACGGGCCCCAAUAGCCUGCCACACGUGUAAGAGCCGCAAGGUGAAGUGUUCCAACGACAGGCCGCAAUGCGACGGCUGCGUGCGACUGGGCUGUGAAUGCGUCUACCCUGAACAGAAUUACCGGCCCCUGUGA